AGUCAAAGAGGAGACACUCUGUUCUCUGGUCACCCUCUCAGCAAAAUGGCUCAGGAUUAUUUGGGAUUCUCCUUGACAAGAAACAAUGCAAGAAACAGCAAUGGCACGGUGGUGCUUAACAACGCUGCAGAUAUCUCUGUCAUCGUGAUUUACUUCUUGGUUGUCUUGGCUGUUGGAUUAUGGGCCAUGUUCCGAACCAACCGAUCCACAGUGGGUGGCUUCUUCCUGGCGGGGAGGAGUAUGGUGUGGUGGCCGAUUGGAGCAUCACUAUUUGCCAGCAACAUUGGCAGUGGUCACUUUGUAGGCAUCGCUGGGACUGCUGCAGCCGGGGGAAUCGCCAUUGGUGGAAUGGAGUGGAAUGCUCUUGUAGUGGUCAUCAUUCUGGGUUGGCUCUUUGUGCCCAUCUACAUUAAAGCCGGGGUGGUCACCAUGCCGGAGUACUUGAAGAAGAGGUUUGGAGGACAGCGUAUUCGCAUCUAUCUCUCUGUGCUGUCCCUCAUCCUCUACGUUUUCACCAAGAUCUCAGCAGACAUGUUCUCUGGAGCCAUUUUUAUCAACCAGGCACUUGGAUUGAAUAUCUACCUUGCUGUCAUCAUGCUUCUAUUGAUUACCUCCCUGUACACCGUCACAGGUGGAUUGGCUGCAGUGAUCUACACAGACACCUUACAGACAAUCAUCAUGAUCGUUGGAUCGUUCAUCCUUAUGGGCUUUGCUUUCAAUGAGGUGGGAGGCUAUGAAAACUUCCAGCGGCGCUACAUGGAGGCCAUCCCCUCGGACACAGUAAACAUCAGCGCGAGCUGCUACGAGCCUCGGGAAGACGCCUUCCACAUCUUCAGGAACGCGAUUACAGGGGACCUGCCGUGGCCCGGCGUCGUCUUUGGACUUACCAUUCUGGCCCUCUGGUAUUGGUGCACGGAUCAGGUGAUUGUCCAGCGCUGCCUCUCCGCUAAGAAUUUAUCUCACGUUAAGGCAGGCUGCAUCUUGUGCGGCUACCUGAAGGUGCUGCCUAUGUUCCUCAUGGUGUUUCCAGGGAUGAUGAGCAGGAUCCUCUAUCCAGAUGAGGUGGCAUGUGUGGAUCCGAUUAAAUGUCAAGAAUACUGUGAUGCCAGUGUCGGCUGCACCAACAUCGCGUAUCCCAAACUGGUGGUGGAUCUCAUGCCUAAUGGUCUGCGCGGUCUCAUGCUGUCGGUGAUGAUGGCCUCUCUGAUGAGCUCGCUCACCUCCAUCUUCAACAGUGCCAGCACUCUCUUCACAAUGGACAUCUACACUAAGAUACGCAGCAGGGCCAGCGAAAGGGAACUCAUGAUUGCUGGCAGAUUGUUUAUCUUGGCCCUGAUUGGGGUGAGCAUCGCAUGGAUCCCUGUGGUGCAAUCAGCCCAGAGUGGUAAGCUCACUGACUACAUCCAGUCCAUCACCAGCUACCUCACGCCACCUGUCGCAGCUGUUUUCAUCCUCGCCAUCUUCUGCAAGCGUGUCAAUGAGUCUGGUGCAUUUUAUGGCCUCGUGAUCGGCCUGCUAAUCGGCCUCUCCAGGAUGAUUACAGAGUUUAUUUAUGGGACAGGCAGCUGCAUUAGCCCCAGUAACUGUCCCACCAUCAUAUGUGGAGUCCACUACCUCUACUUCUCCAUGAUCCUGUUUGUUGUCUCCUGUAUCAUCAUCGUGGGAAUCUCUCUCAUGACCAAACCCAUUGAGGACAAGCAUUUGUAUCGACUGUGCUGGAGCCUGAGGAACCGUACAGAGGAGAGGGUGGACAUCGAACAGGAUGAUUGGAUCGAUAACCAAGAGUCCAACGAUAUGGAAAUAGAAGAGCACUUGGAGGAGCCCGGCUUGUGCAAGAAGGCGGUGAUGUGCUUCUGUGGCCUGGAUCAGGAAAAGGCUCCCACGUUGAGUCCCGAGGAGCAGGCGGAGUUGCAGAAGAAGCUCACAGACACCUCCGAGGUGCCUCUAUGGAGGAACGUUGUCAAUGCAAACGCCAUCAUCCUCCUGUGUGUGGCCGUUUUCUUUCAUGGGUAUUUCGGUUGAAGAAACUCUGUUUGCCCCAAAUGCUCUUGGAUUAUUUCUAUUUAAAUGUAUGACUAAUGUACGACUACAUAUGUCAUGUUUCACAACCUUUUAAAAAGAGAAAUGGCAGACUUUUCCAAAUGGUAUCAUAAUUACUGUAUGAAUACCAUAAAGGUGCACACGCAUAUGAAAGCAUAUGCGUGUGCACCUUUACAAAUAGUUUACCAGUGUUUACUGCUCUGCUGUAAAUGUGGCGUCUGAAAGUAAACCAAACUAAUAUGCAGGGUGACUCACACGUGAUUACUGGAAAGUCCACUUUCACUGCAACUAGCAAGUUGUUGUUAAUUUUAUAAUGUAUUAGCUGGAAAUAUAAAUGCUAAAUUGUUGUUAAUGUGUUUACAAUGUUGGAUUGUUUUGAAAAGCGUCCUGGGUAGCAACAGACAGAAAAACUUGGCUGAUGUGAAAACAAAUGUAAUGUAAACAUGAUAAAUAUUUGUGCCAUACAUUUUAACACUUUAUCUGAAACAGAACCCUGGACUAAGCCCGA